CCAUCUUUGCACAGAACAAAUCCACAACAACGGAGACGCCACCGACGCUUUCCUAAGCCAUAUCUACAACAACUGCGAAACAUCCAAAUACUGGUGGCAAGAGCUAAAAUUUACCAAGCCCAUGAGCUUGAACUCAAUGUUGGCCCCAGCCGACAACUCAUUGGAGAACUUAACAAAAUUAAAUUGGUUCGUCACCACGAUCUUCAAGGUCUACACCAGAAGGCGUGGCGAGUCGCAGGAAGUGGGAUCCUUAAGUCCGCUACAACCAGCCGAGUUGAAGCGACUACUACAGGAGACCUAUCCUAGGAGUCGAUGACGUAAUAUCCAAUACGUAAACAGAUACGUGCCAUGAGGACUGUCCAGGCCGUGACUAACGAAAGGGGACGGGCCGAGCUAAGACACUUGGUACGUAGCUGGGAGCUGUUU